AUGCGUGGAGUGGCUGGCCACCGACGCGGGCGUGACGACGGUGGCGGAGCGGCCCCGCAGGAAGGACGGGCGGCGCGUGUGCGGCCCCGGACGGAGCAUGACGCCGACGCCGACGCCGACGCCGCGGCGGGGCCCCUUUCGCACCCCUUUAAGGCGGAGUUCAACGACCACUUUGAGACGUCGAUGGAGGCGCUCCGCGACAUCGCGGUUGUUGUAGAGCAGCUGCGGCUGCUGCUGCGGCCGUCCGCCCCGGAAAACUUCGUCGUAUACGACCCCUACUACUGCGCCGGGACGGUUGUGCGGCACUGGAACGCGCUGGGGGUGCAGCGAGUCAUACACGAGAACAGGGACUUUUACAAGGACGUUGCGGAGGGGAAGGUGCCGCUUGAUUACGACAUGCUCGUCACGAACCCCCCGUUUAGCGGCGACCACAUUGAGCGGCUCUUCGGAUACCUGGUGGCGACGAAAAAACCCUUUGCCUUUCUGGUACCCGACUACACAGCCGCGAAGGACUGGUACAGGGCGGCGGUGAGGCGGCACUUCACCCUUGCGCCAUCGUCUGGUAAAGGCGACAUCAACGCGCCGCGACACGCCCGACCAAAAGCUCCUGCUGCAGCUCUACAGCCGCCGCCCUUUCUCAGGCUGGAUCCACCAGCAAGCACGGAUAAGAUACUCGAUGCCACUAGCACCAACAAGGAGGAGGAAACGGACACGUGUGGAGGCGGGGAAGCGGUUCCUAUCGGCACGGAACCGUUUUAUUUGAUUCCGCGCUGCCGCUACGACUUUAGGCACCCGAAAGGGGCGGGAAAUGAUCACUCGCACUUUCGUUCCAUGUGGUUUGUAUGGGCAGGGCGGCGCACGACGGAGGUGUUACGGGGCGCAAAGGUGGAGUUCGCCCGUAGGCAGCGUGAGGCUUUGACGCAACGGCAGGCGAUGCCGGAUGUCGUGCACGGGCUCGACGCACUGGCGGAGGGCCACUACGUACAGUCCGGGUUGCGGCCCAAUCCCCAGCGGCGGGCGAGGCAGCGACAUGGCCGUGGCUGA